AUGUCAUCUAGUCCCGCAGCGAAUGAAUAUGAUGCAUUAGAAGUCAUAGGAAAAGGAUCGUAUGGAACGGUUAGAAAAGUUCAAGAAAAAUCAAGUGGUGAAAUAUUUGUUCGAAAGGAAAUAGAAUAUAAUUCAAUGAAUAAUCAAGAAAGAAACCAAUUAAUAUCGGAAUUAAGAAUAUUAAGAGAACUAAAUCACCCAAAUAUUGUUAAAUACUUCCGACAUGACCACAUUAUGCAAAAAAAGUCCAUACAUAUAUAUAUGGAAUAUUGUGAUGGAGGAGACCUUGCACAAGUAAUUUCAAAUUUUAGAAAAAAUAAAGAAAUGGUUCCAGAAGAGUUUAUUUGGCAGGUUUUAGUCCAGACGUUGUUAGCCUUACACAGGUGUCAUUAUGGGAUCGAUGCCAAGAAAGUAAAUCUAUUUUCAAAUCCAGUUGAUGAUAAAGAACCAACCAUAGACUCAGAAACAGUCGUUAUUCAUCGGGAUAUAAAACCAGAUAAUAUUUUUAUGUUGAACUCCGGUAAAUCAAUUAAAUUAGGGGAUUUUGGUUUAGCCAAGAUGUUAACUUCUCAGAACGAUUUUGCCAAAACAUAUGUGGGAACACCUUAUUACAUGUCUCCUGAAGUAUUAAUGGACAAUCCAUACUCACCCGUGUGUGAUAUUUGGUCACUAGGAUGUGUAUUAUUUGAACUCUGUACUUUACAACCACCCUUUCAAGCAAAAACUCAUUUACAAUUACAAAGUAAAAUCAAGCAAGGGAUAAUUCCAGACUUACCAGGUAUUUAUUCAUCGCAACUUAGAUCUAUUAUAAAAGAAUGCAUAACAGUGGAUCCGGAGUUGCGGCCAUCUUGUUAUGAUUUGCUAGAAACUUUAUCGAUUAGAUUCUUAAGGAAGGAAAUGGAGUUGAAAGAGAUAAAUACAAAUUUGAAUGAGUUUCAAAAGCAAUUAUUGACUAAGAAUGACGAAUUAAAAAAGAAGGAAUCAUUAUUAAAUAAUAUCGAACGAAAAAUAUUUGCUCAAAGAGAAGAUCUAGAAAAUGAAUACAAUAAUAUGCAAAAGAAAUGUAAUUCACAGAAAAAACAACUAGAAGAAGAGCUAAUUGAGGAAUUUGAGAUGAGAAAAAAAUCCAUGGAUCAGGAGGCAAAAGAAGUCAGACUUGGUUAUCAAAGGGAAUUCAAAAUGGUAGUUGAACAUGAAGUUCAGCUAAGACUAAAGGAUAUCUUAGGUAAACAAAAGCAUCAGCAACAACAACAGCAACAACAACAGCAUCUACAACAGCAUCAACAACAGCAUCAACAUCAAAAUCAACACCAGCAUCCACAAUAUCAACAACCUCAACCUUAUCAAGAAUUGAGUAGGAAGAAAUCUGAUCCGUUAUCUUCACCAUCUCCAAGCAAAGCAACAACUAGGAAUACCUUGUACCUGGCUAACCAUUAUGCUGCCCCUAAUGAACAUGUAGUACUGCCAAAUAAGCCUAAAGGGCCCAAGGAGCUACAAUUAGACGACCAAUCAAAAUUAUUGUCACCACAACUAACGAGACGAAUUCCAUUGAAAACAAGAAACAGCGAAAAUAGCGAUUACGAUUCCAAUGGAUAUUAUUCUGACCAAUAUAAGUCAUCACCAACCAGAUUUCUGGGAAAUAACUAUAAGAAAAGAGUUACUGAUGAAUUAGAGAGGCUAAGCUUAGAAAAGAGAAAUAUUCCUGAAUUUGAGGAAUUAUACAUCAGAAAGAAUAGGCACUAA